GAGAUUUCAGAGUGGAGAGAAAAACCCCAACUCCUCCUGCAGCUCUUCUCAAAAGGCAUGGAGAGGAUGGGUCUGUCCAUCCAUGCAGCCGGCAGAGAAAGAGAAGAGAAAAGGAGAGCCAGAGCACAGCCAAGGCACUGCAAAUAGAUGUUCUCAACUUUCCCAGCAAGAGAGAGAAGUUGAUGGAAUAAAAAUCCCAAGCUGUUUGGAUGGAGCCAUAUCAGAAGGGACAAAAGACCAGAAGGAGAUGGAUGUGGCUUUGCAGCGCUGGACCAAAGGGAGUGGUGCUUUGAAUUAGCAGUGGAUUAUUUAACAGCUGCAUGCACAGUUUGGCAGUCCAGCUGGGACAGCAAGUUUUCCUGAUGCGAAGUUCCCAGUGCAUGCACAAAGUGUUGGAAGCAAUAUCUUGGCUUUUCUCUCUCAGACCUCCUUCUCUUUCUCUGGGUCAUAGAAAUGGGGACUUUGGCUCGGCCGGACCUCUUCAUAUGAAGCUGAGCAAGUGAGCUACCUUGGUUGGAUCCCUUCAAAAUGACCAUGGCCGUCAUGGGUGGCCAUGAAGGCUACAACAUCCAAGCCACUGCUGCCAUUGCUGCCGUCACCACUUUCCUUAUCCUCUUCACCAUCUUUGGCAACGUUCUGGUGAUCAUUGCCGUACUGACCAGCCGGUCUCUGAAAGCCCCCCAGAACCUCUUCUUGGUGUCUCUGGCGGCUGCAGACAUCCUGGUGGCCACCCUCAUCAUCCCCUUCUCCCUGGCCAAUGAGCUGAUGGGCUAUUGGUACUUUGAUAAGAUCUGGUGCAAGGCCUACCUGGCUUUGGAUGUCCUCUUCUGCACUGCCUCCAUAGUGCACCUCUGUGCCAUCAGCCUGGACCGGUACUGGUCCGUCAGCCAAGCCAUCGAAUACAACUCCAAGAGGACGCCACGGAGGAUCAAAUGCACCAUCCUGGUGGUCUGGUUGAUAGCGGCGCUGAUAUCUCUGCCUCCGUUGGUCCUCAAUGAGAACCCCAACAACACCAAAGAGGAUGCCAAGAGGUGUGAACUCAACGAACAACCGUGGUACAUUCUCUCCUCCAGCACCUGCUCCUUCUUUGCUCCUUGUCUCAUCAUGAUCUUGGUCUACAUCAGGAUCUACUUUAUUGCCAAGCGUCGGAGCCGGAAAGGAGCUAACCCUAAGAAGCCCAAAGCCAAGGCAGAAAAAGGGGUACCCCAAAUCAAAGUCGGUCCGUCCAGCGAAACCUCCCCCAAGCAGGACCAACUGAAGAUGCCAGGAGAAGGAGAACCCAACGGGCAUCAGGUUCCCAUCCAAGAAGAUGACCCGCCAGUGACUCGCUCAACUGAAAAGUUUUCUCUCGUGAGCCAGGAGGUCAAGGAGACUGAACCAGCCAGCCCUUCCCAUUCUCCGCCUGAGAAGAAGCCAUCAUCGGGGUCCAGCCAACAGGACAACUCACCCCAUGGCAGUGUCAAGAGGGGCAAUGGACCCCCUGAGAGUUGUCCACCGGUCAUGGACACCUUGGCCACCGCCAGAGGGGAGAUUCUGCUGGUGAGGCGAGUGAAGACCCUCAGUGCCAAUCCUUGGAAGAGGAAGACCCAUCUCAACCGGGAGAAGCGGUUCACCUUCGUCUUGGCCGUGGUGAUCGGCGUCUUUGUCAUCUGCUGGUUCCCUUUCUUCUUUCUCUACAGCCUCCGGGCCGUUUGUUCAGCCAAACGCUGCCCGAUCCCCGACAGCACCUUCAAGUUUUUCUUCUGGAUUGGCUACUGCAAUAGCUCCUUGAACCCGGUCAUCUAUACCAUCUUCAACCAGGACUUUCGCAAGGCCUUCCGGAAGAUUCUUUGCAGGCAGUGGACUCAGACAGCCUGGUGAGACUCAGACGGCCUGAGAACGAGGGGCGGGGGCGGGAGACCCUCCGGAUGCACAGUGACUCCCAUAGAGGGCUAUUGAAAGGACAGACCACAACAUUUCUAUUUAUUGGUUGGCUUGUGUGUCUGCAAAGAGAAGGGAGGCAAGGUGAGUGUUGGAGAGAAACUGGCCCUUUGGAAAAUGUGGAUUUUGCUUCAGCUCCUGAGUGUGUGUAUGUUGUGUGUGUGUGUGUGUGUGUGUGUGCACAUGCAGUUAGAGAUACUGAUGCACACACAUGCGCAUAUGUAUGUAUUUUCUGGCAAAGUAUUUUUUCACUAAAAGACAAUGUGCCAUUGGCAAAAAUAAUAA